AUGGUGAGCUCUGAGGCUCGCGGAGGAGGAAGACGAGUUGGCCACGAAGAAGAUUAUGAGGAGGGUUUCGACGAGUAUGUUCUAGCCAUAGGAGUCAACAUAAUGCAGUUUCAUAAAGACAGCAAGCUGCUACUUGUCUUUCAGAGUAGGUUGGCGGGACAUAUGGAGAGGGGAAAGCUAAGGUGGCAGAAGCCCGAGCUAUGCGCUCGGGUUAGGUUAAGGUGGCAAAACCCGAGCUAUAAGCUAGAGUGGAAUAAGGUUAAGGUGGACAAAUCUCGAGCUAUGAGCUUGGUACCGUAA